AUGAGUUCAAAUUUUUUAAAUGAAAAUGAGGAUGAAAUAAAUAACAUAUUGGGAGAAAAAUACAGAAGUAUAUUAAAGUUAAAGGCAAGUAAUAACAUUAUGAACAGUGAAAAAUUAAAUAUAAACCAUAAACAAACUAAUGAAAAUGAUGAAUCAAAUAAUAACGAUUCUUUGAAUAAAAAACUUAAUCUAAGCGGGCAACAUAAGAGAUUAUAUGAUUUUUAUAAUAAUAAAAAUUCUUUUCAGCAUUACUUGAAAAAAUUAAAAACACGUAGAAUUGAUGCUGAUGGAUUCAGAAAUAUUUUAGAAAAACACCUUGCUUAUGAAUGUGAAAAUCCAAUGUUUAAAGCAUUUCAAGAUGAAGAUAAAAAAGGAAUAGGAAGUGAAACUAAUUCAUCAUCAUCAAAUCAUGAAGGUUUACAUUUUUAUAGAAAAAUUAAUUUAUUUAAUAAAAACAGAAGUAAGUCAAAAAAUAAAAGUAGAAAAAGAAAAAGAAUCACGUCAAAAAUUGAUAAAAAAUUUAUUAUUAAAUGUAGAGCUUGCAAAUUUAUUAAUUCAAAUGGUUUUAAAAUAGAAGAUUAUUAUAUUUGUCAAAAUUGUGGUGAUAAUGAUUUUUCAGUUAUUAGGUCCAGCUCACCCAAUAAUAUGAGUAGUAGUAUGGAUAAAUAA